GUGAACACAGACCUGUGAUGUCAAAGGUUGUGUACCAGCUCCGAUAAGGGUUGUAUAUUCGUGUACUUCAGAAUACAUAUAUACCUCGCAAUGCUCAACAUAACAGUUGUGCUUGGAGUUCUGACACUAUUGUCUGUUGCCAAGACAGACGACUGGAAACCAACGUCAUGGGAACAUUGCCGGACAAACGCUGACUGUAACAACACCGCCCUGUGCUGCUCCAUCACUCCAGCACUGGGACGACGUCGCCAACUGUUCCCUCUUGAGGUCAACUACUGUUUGCCGUAUAAAGCCAUCGACGCCCCCUGGUGUUCGCUGAGACUUCAGUACUCUGAUGCUGCCCUAAACUAUCAUGGCUUGUGUCCUUGUGGACCAGGACUAAAGUGUUCUCCUUCUGAUGACCUUGACCCCAAAUAUUACCCAAGGGACCGUUACGGCAAAUGUGUGUCAGUAUAAUCUACGAACAGAUUUAUCUGAAACAUUCCGGAACCAUUUGUAAUGCCACUGGAGAGAAAUACAAUCCUGUUGGGGAA